AUGAAGGUCAAGGCCAGCAUAAAGAAGUUGUGUGAAGCGUGCCGCAUCGUGAAGCGGCGGGGCCGCCUCUACGUCAUCUGCAAGGACAACCCCAAGCACAAGCAGCGGCAAGGCUUUCACACCGAUGCGGCGUCGGCGGCGGAGCAGCACCAGCAGCAACCAGCCCAGGCAGCGGCAGCGGUGGCAGGAGGCAGUCGGGGAUGGCUGGAUGGCGGCGCCUCCAUCGGCGCCCGCCUCUGGCAGCAGCUGGCGUGA